AUGGCGUUUCCUAAUCAAGAACCCGAGUCCUCCCACCCGAAGAAACUGGGAAGAGGAAAGAUCGAGAUUAAGAGGAUUGAAAACACGACUAAUCGACAAGUCACCUUCUGUAAGCGCCGCAAUGGCUUGCUCAAGAAGGCCUAUGAAUUGUCAGUGUUGUGCGAUGCCGAGGUUUCACUUAUCGUCUUCUCAAGCCGUGGCCGGCUCUAUGAAUAUUCCAACAACAGGUUUUUUGUUCUUUCAAACCUUAUGUACAAGUUUUCUUUCAAAACUCUGUGGAACUGUAGUUUUUCAUCCCUUUACUUCUUUGGUUUCAGAGAAGAGGCAAGGAUCGUUUUGAAUUCCUUUCUUGGGGCUUCUCCUUUUAUCAUUCCUCUUGGUUCAAAAGUUUCUCUCAAAAAGUGA